AUACCAAAACCUACUUUGCUUCAGAAAACGAACCUCGACGGCACUCCAGACCCAACAAUAACAUGAAAGAGGAGAUUCACAAGGUUAGCCGAUUCAUCCAGACAGUCAUUGCAACAGCAUUUCAUUACAGAAAGGCACUGGCAAACAACAGCCUUAAAAGAGACUCCAUACUUCCGUCAGAACGUCCUUCCAAAGUUAAAUUUGUAAGAUGGUCACCUCCAACAAUGAUGCAAAAAUUUAAACUUGACACACAUGCAAGUAUUUCAAAACAACACAUUUUCUUGAGAUAUGUCCUCUUUGACCAUCUUGGUAUACAUCUUCUACGACGUGCAAAAGUUAUUAGAAUUGAAAAUAACACUAUUGUGAAGGCUGGGGAAAAAAACAAAAAUCUCAAGAUAUUGGAGGCUGAGGCAAGAGUGCUAGAAUUAGCUUUAUUUGACUUACAGGAAAGAGGAUGGCUACCUGGCGUGGUUCAACUUGGUUGUACCUUUUUGUCUCAGAAGCUUGCAGGCAUUAGUCCACUAUACACAGUAAAUUCAGAGGAAUUACAGAACGUUAUUGAACGUUGUAUGCAUAUCAUUGAUGAGAACCAUAUCCAAGUCUAUUGGACACAUCGACGGGCUAAUGUCGUAGCCAACUCUUUGAUGGAAUCUGCCAAAAGAUACAAAAAUGAUAUUUGUUCCACGAAAUUAGAUCUUGCACUAUGUCGCUUUAUCUGGGACCAAAUGUUUGGCCCCUUUAAGCCUUAUUUGUCUAAAACAGCUAACACUUCUCAAGAGCGUUGGAAGUAUCUCUUGUCAGAUGAAGAUGGAUUUGCUCAAAAAAUCAUGAGUUGGAUUAAUAUGGCACUGAAUAAGGAGAGUAUUCCAAGAGAAAUCAUAUUUGAGAUUUCUGCAGUGAAGGGGUUGCAAUUAGAAGAAAGAUAUUUGAUGUCAAUAACUCCUGCCAACAACAAAGCCUCAUAUUCUUCUCAAAAUCAAGUCAUACAUAUGUUGAUUGAUAUUUUGGAACAUUUGGAACCUAUUCCAAUCCCACGGACUAUAACUAUGUACUUGCGGUUUGAAGCUGAGAUCAAGUUGGUGCCAAAUGAUUUGUUUGAAUCAUGUUUAUCAAAAGAUUUGACGCUUCGGUCCUAUCCGCCAGCUUUCUACUAUCAGCUAGGUGCAAUACGGUUAAGAAGUCUUGUUGUAACACUACGGGUUCUGAGCUAUUUUGCUCCAGGUCUUUCCAUUCGUCACCUUAAUUUUGGACCCCGUAUAAUUUUUACGGGGAAGGAGGAUGUAGAAGUAACAUUAAAGGAAUUUGUGAAAAAAGGACUAAUUAUUGAGACCAAACCCAAGCAUUACACAAAAAAUGUGGCGAAGAUGUCCGCCGAAAAUCCUCCAAAGGAUUUCAAAAUCAGAUAUUUGAAGGGUGCACAUGAGAAAGAUGAUGAGCUUUAUAACUACAAGGUUGUGGAAGAAAUUUUUUUCUAA